GAGCUCCGUGCUGGGACAAUCCGUUGCUAGCUACCAGCUAACUUAGCUAGCUAGCGAGCUAACUCGUUAGCAACUGUGUCCCAGCCCCGUCUCGACCUAACACACCUUAUGUUUGCUUGCAGCCACGAAUAACCGUAAAGGUUUCGUGCAGAGCCACCAAUCUUAAAUACUAGCGGAUGUAAUUUACAAAGUGUAAGUUUUAGAUAAGUUGUUAGCCAAGAUAAAACAGACUAAAGUGUCAAGUUUCCCAGACUCAUUAGUGAGGCUUCAUUGGUCCUUCAAAAUAAGAGCGCAAUUGUGUACAGGGAUUUUACAGAAACAAGUAGAACUAAUGUAAUCAGUAGCAUCCUGUGAUGCAUUGAGAUUGUGGUGAGAUGUCUCUCCAGAUGUUUUUUACAGCUUGUGCUAAAUAUUGCAUUAGAGCUAAUACAAUGAGUUGAUUGCAUAUUAUUAAUAAAAUGUUACAUUAGGGCACACUAUAAAGUACUUUUAACUUUCGGCCCAAUUUACCCCUAUCAUUCAGAAUCAGAAUCCUUUAUUAGUCCCACAACGGGAACAUUUACCUUGUUACAGCAAAAUAACAAGAAAGUAAAGUGGCGAGUACACAAUAAUAAAAUAGAGUAAAAGUAAUAUAAGUACAGAAUUGUUAAUAAAAAGUUGUAAAAGUGAAUAUUGCACAUGGCAGUGAUAAUUGCAGAGUUAUAAAAAGUACUUUGUGGUGGUUCAAUCUGCUGGCUCACUUUCUGUAAAUAAAUCAGAAUAUUUAUUAUUACACUCGGGUACAUGACAUUUUGCAAGCUUCUCUCUGUGGUUACAUAACAAAACAAUACAUUAAAAACGGAUAGCAGCAUAACAACAAAAGGCAGUAGUUCAAUUACACAUUUACAUAAGUCAAAGUGGCUUAAAGUGUUAAAUGUGUAACAUAAGGUCAAUGUGUGUAACGGUUUCUUUCCCAGCUAAACAUUACUGUAGGUGACAGCUUAUGUAGUAAUAUCAGUACAUUUUGAUUGUCAGAAUUGUCCUAUCUGAUCAUGUGAGACUAUAAUCUGAUGCAAAGAGAUGUUAUUAUUAUUAUUAGAGAAACCAUACAACUUUCAAAACCGGCAGUUUGUAGGAAUGCCACGAAUGUGUUUUAUUCUGAAGUUUACAUUUCAUUACUUCCGCUAUUUUAUUUUACUCCUACCGGCUAACUUAACACAACAAGGUAGCGAGGGGAGGCUGGUGCUCAGGGGAACCAGCCCGAGUUGACGGCGUUAGCGUAGCCGAUAUAGCCUGCUAGCGAGUCAUCCGCUGUUGUAGGUUUGCCAGCAUGCUAACAGGGGCAGUUUAACCGCCACACACUGCAGCAAGUCUCCUGUCUGCCUCUGUAGAGGUCCAGCCGAGCUGAACUCCGCGGAGCCAUGCGACAGUGGUGUGUCCCCGCUGCGACCCCUCGCGCUGAACCACUCCCGGGGCGCCUGUCUGUGUCGCCCCCUCCAUCAGAUGCCAGGGUGGAGUGCUGCGAGGUGGAGCCGCGCUACACCAUCGAACAGAUCGACCUCCUGCAGCGCCUGCGUCUCUCCGGAAUGACCAAACCUCAGAUCAUCCACGCUUUGGAGUCCCUGGAGAGGCUCGACUCGGACCACCGCCCGGCACACUGUGACUCUCAACCCGCCCCGUCCAACAACACCCCCACCACAGCCGCUCCAGCACCAUCCUCAUCUUCAUCCUCCUCCUCCUCACUCUCCCUCGCCUCUGCUACCACGCAGACCUCCGGCCUGGACGGCGCCGCGCUGUCCCCGAGCAAUAGCUACGAGGCCUCGCCUCCGCCCCUCUACCCCCCCAGCGUGACGGUUCAGCGGUCUUUCAGCUACGACAUGAUGGGAGAGGAGGAGUGGGACCUGGAGGAGAAGGUGGAGGACUACAUGAGGAGAGACAGCAACCUGGUGAAAGAGGAGAUCAAAACGUUCCUCAACAAUCGCAGGAUCUCUCAGGCAAUCGUCGGCCAAGUCACAGGCAUCAGCCAGAGUUACAUCUCCCAGUGGUUGCUGCAGCAAGGCCUGGAGAUGAGCGACUCCAAACGCAGAGCUUUCUACCGCUGGUACCUGCUGGAGAGGAAUAACCCAGGGCUGAGGUGGAGUGAAAGCCAGCACAGCGUGAGUCCCAUGUCCAGGGCCAGGGGAGGGGACAGAGACGGGACGGUAGCAGGGGCAAGUGGCAGCCUCCCCAACCCCAACACCAACCUCAACCCCAACCCCAACCCAGUGUGGAGCAGGCAGAGAGAGCUGCUGAUGCACUUGCUGCCGUGGUACACUGCUGCCGCCGCAGCCGCCCAGGCCCAGCCAGGUGCCACCUUAUCAAUGCGGUCUCUGGUGAAGGAGGAACCUGAUUGGAGGACGGGGAUCAUGGCAGGCGACAGAGCGGGCGUGGUGGGCGGGCCUCUGAGGCUACGCAGAGGAAGCAGGUUCACCUGGAGGAAGGAGUGCCAAUCAAUCAUGGAGAGUUUCUUCAUGGAGAACCAGUACCCAGAUGAAGCCAAGCGGGAGGAGAUCGCCAACGCCUGUAACUCCGUCAUUCAGAAACCUGGCUGCAAGCUAUCUGAGUUUGAGCGCGUGACGGCGUUGAAAGUGUACAACUGGUUUGCGAACCGUCGGAAGGAGAUGAAGAGGAGAGCGAAUAUCGAAGCUGCCAUUUUGGAAAGCCACGGAAUUGAGGUGCCAAGUCCAAGCUGCCAUUCAAAUGGUGAGGAGGGAGAGAUGCACGAGUUUGCCGAUCAGGUGAAUCAUCGAUUCUCAGAGCAGGAAGAGACCACUUCCCACAGGAUUGUUGACCAGCAGGACCCCUCCUCAUUAGCUCCCACAGAGGUCUCAGCCCUGCCGAGCCCCUCCCCUCAGGUUAUGGAUCACAAAGAGGAGGAUUCAAAAAGGGAGACUGUGGACGAAGAGUGACCAAAGCUGGUGGAGUUUGGAUCAUCAUAUUAAAAUUUUAAUCCGACGAAAUAGGAAAACAAUAAGUGUCUCCUCCUCCACCCAUGUAGGGCCUUUGGGGCCUGUGGCUCCCAGAAAUCAAAGGGAGAAGGGGCCCUCUGAUGGUAAGGAGGCCACUGUAUUUAUCAACAGUAAUCCUGCUUAUAUUAACAGCAAUAUACAGUAUAUAUAUAUAUAUAUAUAUAUCAAUAUAUAGUGCAUUCCAAGAUGUUAUUAAAAAGCCUAAAUUCCUUAGAGGGAGAAUUAUGUAAAGGAUACCUCGCCCAUGUUAAGCUAAGCCUUUUCUUUUUAUUCUUCGCUACAUGCCUUCUUUUUGCCUUUUCACAGAGUGGUUGUUUGAUGGACUGUGAUGACAUGAGUGUGCUGAGCCUGCAGGUCAGGUGUGUGUGGCUUUGGGGAUAAAGUAUGGUAUCUAGUUCACGGGGAGACGAACGCCCUCUGCUUGCUUGAACGUCUUUGACCCCAUCCGGUUCGUAAGACUCUAAACCUCAAUCAGUCGAUCGAUCCAAUCGGUCGAUCAUUCAACGAGUGCUGUUGCUAUCAAAGCCGUAAAGCCCUGAGGGACAACUGGAAUCUCAGGUAAUCCCAAAAAAAAGGUGGAUAAGGACGGUGAAGAAUUGUCUUAACACGCUUUAUUUUCUUCAUUUUCUUCAUCUUAACUGUGUUUUACCAAAACAGGAUGUGUUAUUUAUACCUUUUUAUAUUAGCAAAACAAGCCUAGGACAAUACAUCACAGUAUCUCUUCUGUCAUCUGUCUUCUUUGUUAUAAUCUGAAUGCUGCUGUUUGGUCAUUUUUUGUAGUAUAAUCCUUUUUUCAAGAAGUCUGUCUCAAUCCUCAACUCAGCCAGUGAAGCUAGACUAGAUACACGAGUCUACUCAGAUUUGUUUUUCUUUUUUUUUUUACGUUUGAAAGAAACGCUAAAACAAAUGUGAUCAAAAACAUUAAUGCUACAUGCUACAAGCACCUUCUCUCCUAUUGGAAUAAGCUAAAGCUCCUGUAAAUUUGCAAAGCUGCACUUCAAAGUGGUUCUCACUAUAAUUGAAAGAGGGAAGCGUUGCAGACUACCUGCAUUUGGGCCUCGACAUGUACAUAAAUAAGCCAGAGAAUAUACACGUCUAUGGGUGCUUUCCUUCAAAUUACAUUAGCACUAUAUAGAAACUGUUAUUUGUCAAACUUGAAUAGCUGACUUAAACGUGCAUAGUCCCCUGUAUUUACUGGCCGAAGGCCUUGGGAGUUACUCCCUUAAUGUUCAUGAAAUGGACAAAGACGCUUGUUCUCUACCGUGUUACCUCCUGAUGCCAAAGCUAUGCCAAGGUAGAGAUGAGCUCCUGUGCUCACAGGAACAAGAUACGACACUAUAGAUAUACAGUACAUAGAUGUUUAUUUGCUCAGUACAACACUAGCCAACUCUAGCUUACCUCAGAAUAUCUCUGUGUCAUGAAUGUGUGACGGGCUUAACGCUCAUAGCACUGAAGUGACAGCCGCCAUUAUUGUGACUGUUUAUGAUACGGACAGUGUUAUGUAGCAUUUAUGACGGGUGGGGUUUGCCCUGUAUUGUUAACGUAUACUCACCUCAGACAGUUCUGUCGUGCGGCUUUGGACAGGAACCCCAAAGCUGCUCGCUGGUUCUGAUUAUUACGCUCCUCUCUAUCUGCUUUUAUCUGACGAGAAAACAUUAACGGUAAUAAAAUUGUAAACCAUG